GCAACUGGGGGCAAGCUUUUUGUUCGCCCGAAACAGUUGCAAGCCUUUGAACGAUCAGCGACGACGGCGUUACUUUUGGCGCGGAUACAGCAGCGACACUUUUUUUUGCGUUGGCCCUCGCAGGCGCCUCCUGUCACAAAACCAACAACCAAACAACCAAACAACAAAUAAACAAACAAAAAAAACAAAUAAACAAACAAAGCAGCUGUCUUAAAAUCUCAAAAAAAAAGAAACAAAAAGUCAAAUGUUUGCAGUGAUCUGCGAUAUUUUUGGUUCGAAAUUUUAUUAAUUUUUUAAAUCGCCUAAGUUCCAUAGUCAUUUUUUUAAUAUUAAAUAUAUACAUAUUUUUUUUUUUAACGAAAAUCAAACCAAAGCAACAAGAAACAGUGACAUUAGCUAAAAAAAAAAAAAAACAAAAACAUAUAAAAUAAAAAAAAGGGAAAAAAAACCACAACCGACGGAAAAAGUGAAAGAAAAAAAAAAAAAGAAAAAAGUGCAACACCGACGGACUAAAGAUACAUUUUCAAGCUACAAGAUACAAUUGCAUCUGAUAGAUACUGUUACAGUUAUGUAGAUAACUGUUAGUAACAUAUAUUUUUGUUGCCUAUUUUGAUUAUUUUUUUUCAUUGUGCCGUGUGUGUGUGUGUGUGCCUGUGUGCCUGCCACUCCAUGUCCCCCCUCUCUUUGUCUCCUCCUGUCCUUCAAGCAGUGUGUCCUUCAACACCGUUAUCCUGCAACAACAAUAGUCAACAACAACUGAAGCAAAAGCAACAACAACAGCAGCAACAACAACAUCAGCAACUAUUUCAAUUGUGAAACAAACAAAACAAAGAAACAAACAAAACAAACAAGAUAGAAAAGACAGCAUCAUUGUGCGUUUGAAAUUGACAGUAUCUACUGUCGCAGCAACAUCUGCAACAUCUGCAACAACAACAACUAUAGUACCAUCAGUUGAAACAACAACUAAAAUGCUUACGGACAUGACUCCGACGGCCGGACAGCUGUACGGCUCUCAGAUUCCGGCCAUGGGCAUGAACAUCACAAACAUAGCCACACACUUGCAGAAGCCACAAGUUAAUCCGGACCAUCCCAGUUUGAGAGGCACCCCCCUGGCCAUGCUCGCCGCCCAGUGCAACAAGCUCUCCAACAAAUCCCCGCCCCCCUUGGCCGACGCCGCUGUGGGCAAGGGCUUCCACCCAUGGAAGAAGAGUCCCAACUCCCCGGCGGCGGGCAGCAGUGGCUCCGGCGGUGGCGGUGGCGGUGGCAGCAGUGCCGGCCAGCACUCGCCGUGCGCCAUUUCGGCGGCCAGCUCCUCCAGCUCCAGCGGCUCCUCCCGAAGCGGUCUAUCCGCCAGCGCCAGCACCAUGGUGAACAUCACAGCUAGCAUCUAUCCUUACAGUCGCCCCCUGGCCUCCUCCUCGUCCUGUGCGGCAGUGGGCGGCGGCUCCAGUUCCGGCUCCGGAUCCGGGUCCUCCUCCUCCGGCUCAUCCGCCUCGGCGGCAGCAGCGGCGGCAGCCUACGGCAGUGACCUGUACUUCCCCAAUUCUGGCGGUGGCGGUGGCGGCGGUGGCGCCUCCUCGAUGGACAACCACCAUAUGCACCAGGGACUCCUCGGCAAGGUGGAGGCGGGCACAUUCGGCAGCGUCUACUCCCGCCACCCGUACGAGUGGCCCUUCAACGCCGUAACCCACAAGGACGCCACCAGCGUCAAUUCUGGGUGGUGGGACAUGCACAGUGCGGCGGGAUCCUGGCUGGACAUGGGCUCCGCGGCGGCGGCGGGGAUGCACUCCACCAUGGCGAACUAUGCCAGUGAGAACUACAGCUCGGCGCUGAGCCAUUCCCUGCUGGGAUCGGGACAGCAUCUCCUGCAGGACACGUACAAGAGCAUGUUGCCUGGACAGGGUGUGGGCGUGGUGGGCGGUGUGGGUAUGGGCGUGGUCGGUGGUGUGGGCGUUGGUGUGGGCGUCGGUGGCUUCUCGCUACCGCACAGCUCACCAUCGGCGGCGGCGGCAGCAGCGGCAACAGCAGCAGCCGCUGCCGGUGGUUCACCCCAGGGUGGGUCAGCGUCGACACCAUCGCCGCGCUCCCAACGUCGGUAUGCGGGUCGUGCCACAUGCGAUUGCCCCAACUGCCAAGAGGCAGAAAGGCUAGGACCCGCUGGAGUACAUUUGCGAAAGAAGAAUAUCCAUUCGUGCCACAUACCCGGUUGUGGCAAGGUAUACGGCAAGACGUCACAUUUAAAGGCGCAUCUGAGGUGGCACACCGGCGAGCGUCCCUUCGUGUGCAACUGGCUGUUCUGCGGCAAGCGCUUUACGCGCUCCGACGAGCUGCAGCGCCACCUGCGGACGCACACCGGCGAGAAGCGCUUCGCUUGCCCCGUGUGCAACAAGCGCUUCAUGCGCAGCGACCACCUGGCCAAGCACGUCAAGACGCACAAUGGCACGGCUGGUGGUGGUGGCGGCGGUGGUGGUGGUGGGGGCGGUACUGGUACCGGUGGCGGCGGUGGCAGCACCAGCGGCGGCGGCGGUGGUGGCUCCUCCUCCUCCGGUGGCGGUGGCUCCUCUUCCUCCUCCUCUGCGGGCGGCGGCGGCGGCGGCGGAGUCACCGGUAGCAGCAUCAGUGGCAGUGGCAACCAGUCCGUCCCGGGUCACAGCAAAAAGCAUGGCUCCUCCGAUUCAUGUUCAGAUUCGGAGGAGUCAUCAUCCGUAUCAAUAUCGGUUGCCAACCACCAGCAGCCGGUCGAUGUUCAUGUCAACGGGCUGGGCGGCGGGGCCAGUGGCCCACAACAGACGGGCGGGGCCGGUGGCGGCGGGGGUGGCGGUAAUGCCACACCAGGACACGAUCAUAAUUCUGGAUCGAGUUCGGGUUCAAGUGGCAGCAGCCAUCCCGGCACCCCGACCUCGCUGCACGCGCACAGUGGCGCCAAUGGCACGUCCAGUGGCAACUCCAGCCUCCUGGGCGGCGGUCUGCACCUGGCCACGUCGCACCAGAUGGUCGCCGCGGGCGGCUCGCCGGUGAUGCUACACCAGCAACAGCAACAUCAACAACACCAACAACAUCAGCAGCAGCAACAACAUCAGCAGCAACAUCAGCAACACCUGCAACAGCAACAUCUCCAACAACAACAGCAGCAGCAACAUCACCAGCAACAACAGCAGCAACAUCAUCAGUUUAAUCAGCAACAGCACCACCAUCAUUUGCACCACCACACCCACCAUGCACACCACCUGGCCGGAGGAUCACCGGGUCUGGACCCAUCGUCCUUGGUGGACAUAAAGCCACCGAUGGUUUGAGGGUCGCUGGGUCCCUUUCUUUUCACCAACUAAUGGUCACAAAAAGGAAAGGGUACCCAUGGAUAUGAAAUACACUCUAAAAAAAACAAACACUAUCUUAUAAUACACUGUAAAAAAAAUAAAAUGCGGUUGUACAUAAAACGCCAGCAGCAGUCUGUAAAUAUUUAACAAAAAAACAAAAAAAUUCAGAAACAUCAGAAACACACUCUCUAAGUGUCUAUAAAAAAUAAAUAUUAAAAAAAUAUUUGCUUAUAGCUUAAACCACAAAAAAUAUACAUAUAUAUAUAUAUAUCUUAUAUAAUGACUAGAAUCGAAAUCCAAUUUUUUUUUGUCAAUUUUUUUUAAUAGCCGUUAAGUCGAUAAAGUAAUAUAUUAUAAUAAAAAAUAUAAAACAAUUUAACCAACAGAUAAGCUUCGAGCACCACAAAAAAAAAAAAAGAAAACUUAACUUAAAUGUUAAACAAUUAUGCAAUUUUGAAAAUAUACAUAUAAAAUAAUAAUAUUACUUAUAAUAUUGAAAAAGGGGGUAAACGAAAGCAAAACAAACAAAAAAAAAAUCAGCCUAAAAAUAUAUUUCUAGUCCAAUUAAAAAAAAAAACAAAAACAAAAAACGGAGUAAGAACCAAAAUUGUAAAAAAAAAAAAUGGAAAAAGGGAUAAAAUUAAAGAAUCGAAUCUUUUACGCUAAUUCUAAAAAUAAAAACAAAAAAAGCUAACGCUAAAGCUAAUUCCUGUAAAUUAGUAUAUUUCGAGAUCACCAAUUAUUUUUGCUAAAAACAAAUCGAAAAUCGAAACUAUCGAGAAAUCGAAUAUCGAACAAGAGAGCUAGUGCUUUAACCGACUUAACUUAAAAACUUACACUUAAAAACUAAAAUAAAUGUGUUUUUUUGUUGUUUUAUUUGAAAAUUAGGCUUAGAAAAAGAUACUUAGAUACUUAGCAUACACACCCACCCACACACACCCACACACACACAACACACAUGCAGUACUGCAGCAUCAGCAAUUUAUCAUCUUCGAUUAGCUACGUUUUUUUUUGUCUAUGUAAAUUAAUUAUUUAAAGUACGAAUAAACUAUUUAAAUUUCAUUCAAAAUAAAUGUACAACAAAGCGCCAGUGUUUUAAA